AGGCUCCCACCACAGACCCUGGCACACGGAGGCUGCGAUGAGCCCCUGCGGGCGGGCCCGACACACGUCCAGAGGGGCCAUGGCCAUGUUGGCAUGGAAGUUCCCUCGUACCCGGCUACCCGUGGGAGCCAGUGCCCUCUGUGUGGUGGUCCUCUGUUGGCUCUACGUCUUCCCUGUCUACCGGCUGCCCAACGAGAAGGAGAUCGUGCAAGGGGUGCUGGCACAGCGCACGGCUUGGAGGAGGAACCAGACCGCAGCCAGGCUCUUCAGGAAACAAAUGGAAGACUGCUGCGAUCCUGCACAUCUCUUCGCUAUGACUAAGAUGAAUUCGCCCAUGGGGAAGAGCCUGUGGUAUGACGGGGAGUUUUUAUACUCGUUCACCGUCGACAACUCCACAUAUUCCCUCUUCCCCCAGGCAACCCCCUUCCAGCUGCCAUUGAGGACUUGUGCGGUGGUGGGAAACGGUGGCAUUCUGAAGAGGAGUGGCUGUGGUCGUCAAAUAGAUGAAGCAAGUUUUGUCAUGCGAUGCAAUCUUCCUCCCUUGUCAAGUGAGUACAUCAGGGACGUCGGCUCCAAAACUCAGUUGGUGACAGCUAAUCCCAGUAUAAUUCGCCAGAGAUUUCAAAACCUGCUGUGGUCCAGAAAGACGUUUGUGGACAACAUGAAGAUCUAUAACCAUAGUUAUAUCUAUAUGCCUGCUUUUUCUAUGAAGACAGGAACAGAGCCCUCUCUCCGCGUGUAUUAUACACUGAAAGAUGUUGCUGCCAAUCAAACAGUGCUUUUUGCUAACCCCAACUUCCUGCGGAACAUUGGAAAGUUCUGGAAGAGUAGAGGGAUUCAUGCCAAGCGCCUGUCUACUGGGCUCUUCCUGGUGAGUGCAGCCUUGGGCCUUUGUGAAGAGGUGGCCAUCUAUGGCUUCUGGCCCUUCUCUGUGAAUAUGCAUGAGGAGCCCAUCAGUCAUCACUACUAUGACAACGUCUUGCCCUUCUCGGGCUUCCACGCCAUGCCUGAGGAAUUUCUCCAACUCUGGUACCUUCAUAAAAUUGGUGCACUGAGGAUGCAGCUGGACCCAUGUGAGGAGCUGUCACUGCAGCCCACUUCCUAGGGACUGCAGAAGAAGGAAGGGCUAGGCGGGGUAUUUUUGCUAGCUUUUCCAUGUG